CAUAUAGGACGCGUUAUAGCCAAAUACACGCACAUCACACCAGCAAAACACCAACUACUCAACAGAAAAACCAUGGCCUUUGACGCGCUCUUCUUCGUCCUCCUCGCCCUGGCCACCAUGCAGCCGCAGACCGCAUCGUCUGAGAAGGAGACGCACCUCAAGGUGUACUGGCACGACGUGGUGAGCGGACCGGACCCAACGUCGGUUCCGGUGGCGCAAGCGGCGACGACCAACACCUCCAAGACAGCCUUCGGCAUGGUUGUGGUCAUCGACGACCCGCUCACUGAGGGGCCCGGCCUCAACUCGUCCAGGCUCAUGGGCCGCGCCCAGGGCACGUACAUCGCCGCCGGCAAGGACCAGCUCGCGCUGCUCAUGAACAUGAACUUCGUCUUCACCGCUGGCAAGUACAACGGCAGCAGCGUCGCAAUUAUGGGUCGCAACGCUGUGUUCACAAAGGUACGUGAGAUGGCUGUCAUCGGCGGUACAGGCGUUUUCAGGUGGGCCCGCGGGUACGCGCAGGCCAGAACGCACACCUUGGACCUCAAGACCGGCGACGCCACCGUCGAGUACAACAUAUUCAUCAGGCACUAGUCUCGGCCGUUGUCAAAUUUUACCCAGAGUUAAAUACCAUGAAUAAGAAUUGUAUGCUCAAAAGAUAAUAUGUGUUGCUUUUGGAAAACCUUUUUUUGAUGUCAAUGACAACUGAUACUGUUGCUGCUUAUCUGUUACAAGUCGUUUA